CAGCCCUAGCCGCAACCCCUGCCCCUACUGGUAAGUCAAUGCCUGCAUGUCAGGAGCCUAGUGUGGCUAUCUGCAAGGGCAACCAGGAGGGGCAGAUCUCAACUAGCUGGGGAAACCUUAUUUCAAUGGUUCUUAGGAGUCACCCCUUCCCCAGGCAAGAGAAGCCUCAAGGGACAGCCCAAAGGGCAGCUCGGGAGAGCUCUAGAGAGCCCAGCACUCCCACAGCCUUGGAGAACGUGGAGCCUGGUUCUCCCUCUGAAAGGGCCACUCCGGGUCUCAAGGACGGGCAGGACUCCCCAGCUGAGAUGGCCACAGGGGCAGGCACAGGGGGCCUGGCUGAGGCUGGAUGUCAGCCACAGCAGAGAAGCUCCGAGACAAACGAGGCUGCAGUGCCCAGGGCCCCAUCACGGCUGCCUGAGAAGAUGAAGCCUGGGCCUGCACCGCCCCCCACUGCCAGGGCAGACCCACAGCCUGUCCCCAGGCCUCGGAAACGCAGCAUGUGCGAAAUGGAAACCUCCAAGAGCUCUGAGCAGAAGGUCAGCCAGGCGGCCCCAGGAGAGGUGCCAGGGGAGAGGCCCAGCCCUGUAAGCAGCAGGGGUGUCCUCACGGAGAAACAGAAAGAGGCCCGCAAGCUCAUGGUGUUUCUGCAGAAGCCUGGGAGCUGGGGGGUGGUGGAGGGGCCCCGGAAGCCCAGCUCCCUGGCCCGGGAGGCUGCCUUGGCAGCAACUCUGCAGCGGCGGCUAGACCUGGGCAGCUGCCUCGAUGUACUAGCUUUUGCCCAGCGGCACGGGAAGACUGGCCUGGCCCAGGAGACCUAUGCCUUGAUGAGUGACAAUCUGCUGCACGUGCUGGGGGACCCGAACCUCUACCGGCAGCUGAGUGGGACCGACCGAGAGCGCAUCCUGAGCCUUCGGACUGGCCGGGGCCAGGCCGUGCUGGGGGUCCUCGUGCUGCCCAGCCUCUACCAGGUGAACCGCUCAGGGCUCACAGGGGGCCCUCACAUGGAGGAGGCUCCUGCCGCCGGUCCUGCGCCCCUACCUCCCCCAUCGCACCUGCACGUGUUCAACCCCCAGGAGAACACCUGGCGGCUCCUGACCCAGGUGCCGGAGGAGGUCCCGCUGCGGGGCUGCGGUCUCUGCACCAUGUACAACUACCUGUUCCUGGCGGGCGGCAUCCGCGGCUCUGGUGCCAAGGCCGUCUGUUCCAAUGAGGUCUUCUGCUACAACCCGCUGACCAACAUCUGGAGCCAGGUGCGGCCCAUGCAGCAGGCCCGGGCCCAGCUCAAACUGGUGGCCCUGGAUGGACUGCUCUACGCCAUUGGGGGCGAGUGCCUGUACAGCAUGGAGUGCUACGACCCCCGCACAGACACCUGGGCCUCGCGUGCGCCCCUCCCCGCGGGCACCUUCCCUGUGGCACACGAGGCCGUGGCCUGCCGUGGCGACAUCUACGUCACCGGGGGCCACCUCUUCUACCGCCUGCUCAGGUACAGCCCCGCGAAGGACGCGUGGGACGAGUGCCCCUACAGCGCCAGCCACAGGCGUUCCAGCGACAUGGUGGCACUGGGGGGCUUCCUCUACCGCUUCGACCUGCUGCGUGGCGUGGGUGCUGCCGUCAUGCGCUACAACACGGUGACGGGCUCCUGGAGCCGAGCCGCCCCCCUGCCCCUGCCGGACCCGGUCCCGCUCCGCUGCACCGUGCUGGGCAGCACCAUCUACUGCCUCAACCACCAGGUCACCGCCACCUUCACGGUCUCCGAGGGGACUGCCCAGUUCCAGGCCAAGGAGCUGCAGCCCUUUCCCCUGGGGAGUAAAGGGGUCCUCUGUCCAUUCAUCCUGACUCUGCCCCCCAAGGACCCGCUGCAGACUGCCCUCUGAGCCACUUCGCACCAGGACUGCAGCUGCUGUCUCCAUGCAGACUGUGGUGGGGCUCUGAGGCCAGGGGGGCACAGGGAGGUGGCCGCUCUUCUUUCUGGGGCAA